AUGGCUCCCGCUAAAACAGAGGUUCAGGUCGUAGACCAACCCGCUCUCCACUCCAAGACCGUCGCUACCGAAGAGGUCACACCACUUCCUGAUCUCGCUCCCCCUUUACUUCCCACCGAGAAGAUUGGCCCUAUGGGAUGGAUCCGAAGUCUUCUGCACUUUGAGCUUGGUGAGAGUUACAAUGCUGAGGAGAUAACGUCUAUUCUUAAGACGGCUUAUUCAGCGUUCAAAGAGCGUACACCUAUUGCUGGGUGUGAGGCUGUUCCUACUGCUGACUAUCUCGAGACGGGGCUGUUGCAGCUCCGUCAUUAUGGUGAUGAGAUUGAACAUGACUUUCUCGUCAAGGACCUUCGCGACCAAGACUUUCCUUGUUUUGAGGAGCUGAAGCGUCGGGGAUAUCCUACCUCUGUUCUGGACCCUGAUGUUGUUUGUCAACGGGGUCUAGGUGGAGAAUGGCCUCGUGCUGGGGAUCGACUGAACACUACCAUGGUGCAGCUCAACUUCAUCAGGGGCGGUCUUCUUCUCAACGUCCUUUUUCUUCACGCCUACAUCGAUGGCACAACAGCGUACAAGUUUACUGAGAUCUUCGCAGAGGAAGUCCGCAAAGCUCAAGGCCUGCCUAUCACGAACCCAGCCGAGAUCCCUUGCGAUGAUAGAGCCAAGUUAAUGAAGCUAUCUGAUACCAUCGUCGGCAAGCCCGAGGAUCAUCCAGAGUACGUCGAAGUACCCUUCACACCUGAAGGACCCCCACCAAAACUAGCUUCACCAAUUCACCACGGCCACAUCUUUUACUUCUCCCCUGAGAAGAUCCAAGAACUCAAAGAAGCUGCAGCGCCUUGCAAUGCAAAGCUUUUCAAGUCGGAUGGCAUUUCUUCGUACGUCUCCACGACCGAUGCUUUGACUGCGCUGGUCUGGCGAUGCACUAUGAUAGCACAGCAUGGGAAGAAGGAGGGCGAGGAUAAACCCACUGGCCCAUCUAUGGUUGGCCUGGCUCUUGAUGCUCGCCGUCGUGCUGGAAAGCCUAUUCACAAACAUACUCUUGGAAACAUUCUUGGCUUCGCACCAGCCGUCAUGGACAUCGAGAAGAUUCUAGAACAUGACGAUGCUAGCCUGGCAGACAUUGCUCUUGUUGUCCGAGGCGCCGUGAACAAGUCCAAGGACUCGUAUCUCGCUACCAUCAGCUCUCUCGUGGAUGGUCUUGGUAACGUGUCACGACUGGUACCUGUCAUCUUCCUAGACAUGCCAGGCAACCAUGCGUUAUUCUCUUCAUGGAGAGAGUUUCCUUUCUAUGAUAUCCAAUGGGGUCCUGCGCUGGGAGAUCGAAUCAAAGCCAUUCGACCACCUUCAGUGGGAGUGACUCACUCAAUGCAUAUUAUUCUGCCUGAUCGGCCUGAGGCAGGUCCUGGUGUCGAAGUGUUUGUUGGUACUGAGAAUAGCGCGAUGGAAAGUUUGUUGGAGAACCCUCUCUGGAGACAAUAUGCUCAAGGACCGGAGAAGCCGUGA